GCCAUGUGUUAUGUGUUUCCUUUGAGGUUAUGUUUACUGUUGAUAUGUAUAUUGGGAAUUAUUUAAACAUUUGUAAAUAUUUACGUAUUCUUGAUAUUUUUUGAUAAGUUCAUCAACGAAUUAAACUUAAUUUUAAUUAAAAUGUCGAGACCUGAGCAUCUUUCACCCCCCGAAAUUUUUUAUAAUCAAGAUGAAGCCCGAAAAUAUACCCAAAACACUAGAAUUAUUGAUAUUCAAGUUCAGAUGAGUGAAAGGGCCAUUGAAUUACUGUUACUACCAGAAGAUAAACCCUGUUUUCUUUUGGAUCUUGGUUGUGGAUCAGGUCUUAGCGGAAGUGUGUUAGAAGAUCAAGGACAUUUUUGGAUUGGCAUGGAUAUAGCAGAAGCUAUGUUAGAUAUUGCAGUGGAACGAGAAGUAGAAGGGGACCUUGUGUUGUCUGAUAUGGGCCAAGGAUGUCCAUUUAAAGCAGGAACAUUUGAUGGUGCUAUAAGCAUAUCUGCUCUCCAAUGGUUAUGCAAUGCAGACAAAUCGUUUCACAAGCCUGUACAGAGAUUAUACAACUUUUUUUGCACUUUAUAUGCUUGCCUGACUCGUUCAGCAAGAGCAGUUUUCCAGUUUUAUCCAGAAAAUAGUGAACAGAUGGAACUAGUCACAUCGCAGGCAAUGAAGGCGGGAUUCUAUGGAGGAGUAGUUGUAGAUUAUCCAAACAGUACUAAGGCUAAAAAAUACUUUUUAGUACUGAUGACUGGAGGUAGUGUACCUUUGCCAGCCGCUUUAGGUACAGAACAGGAUUCUCAAGGUGUUUCAUAUACCGCUAAGAGAGAUAAAAUGAAACAACAACGCGGAAAACCUUUAAAAAAUGGGAAAGCCUGGAUUUUGGAGAAAAAAGAAAGAAGACGAAGACAAGGGAAAGAAGUUAGAGCUAAUUCGAAAUAUACGGGAAGAAAAAGAAGUGGAAGGUUUUAAUUUUACUAAAUUUUGUUAAAAAUUGUAAAUAAAAGACUGUUGCUUC